AUGGCAAUCACCGGACAAAAUGCUCUGAUUACCGGAGCCUCGAUGGGCAUUGGCGAAGCGACAGCAAGAGCUCUCGCCAAAUCAGGUGCAAACCUGAUCUUGCUGUCUCGCUCUGAGGACAAAUUAGCCAAGCUCGCAGACGAGCUGAACAAGGAAUACCCACAAAUCAAAGCUAUCUACCGAGCAGCAGAUGUGGGCAACUAUGAAGAGGUUGAUGCCGCGGUCAAGUCAUCUAUCAGCGAGCUAGGUGGCAUAGAUAUCCUGAUCAACAACGCUGGCCUUGCAAUUGGCGCUCCUAAAGCUUUCCACGAACUCGAGAUUUCAGAAAUCCUGACCAUGAACUCUACGAACAUCAAUGGCCCAAUGUUCGUAACUCACUCUGUCCUGAACCGAUCUAUGCUCUCCCGCAAGGCCGGGACAAUCAUCAAUGUGACCUCCGUCACAGGCCUCGAAGUACCACCUUUUACCGGUGAAGCGGUCUACCAUUCCAACAAGGCUGCGCAAGAGGGCUUCACAAAUUCUCUGCGUAAUGAAUUGUGCGGCACCAAUAUCAGAGUACUGGCCUUGCGGCCUGGUGUUGUUGCGGGCCAUUUCCAUGCUCAGCGUGUUGGAAACGAUCAAGCGCAGUAUGACGAGUUUUUGAAGGGAUAUACGCCACUUCUUGCUGAUGAUAUUGCCGAAGCUGCUGUCUAUAUGCUCAGUCAGCCGCUGAAUAUCUCCGUUAAGGCCCUAGAUGUUGUUCCUUCAGCGCAACGAUCUCUUACUGUUUUCGAUCGCAAGUGGAACGAGCGGACUGGAGAAUAA